AUGUUUCUUCAAAGAGGAUCGCGCGCCGUCCGGACGCAAUGGCACGUCUCAAAGAGCAUGGCUCGCCUGGCCGCGGCAAGAGCUUCCGGCGUCUACCCCUCCAGACAGUUCCACGACACACGGCACCUACAGGUUGUGAAGCCUGUCUUGCUGGCGGACAUUGGCGAAGGCAUCGUGGAGUGCGAAAUCAUACAAUGGUUCGUCGAGCCCGGCGCCCGAGUCGAGGAGUUCUCCCCGCUGUGCGAGGUUCAGAGCGAUAAGGCGUCUGUGGAGAUCACCAGUCGUUUCUCGGGUGUCGUAAAGAAGCUGCACUACGAUGCCGGCGACAUGGCCAAGGUCGGCAAACCAUUUGUCGACAUCGACAUCCAGGGCGGGGCUAAGAAGGAGGACCUGGAUGCGCUGACAGCCCCAGCGGAAGCGGCACAGGAGAAACCCUCCCAAAAGUCGCCGGAACCUCCUGUACUGCCCAAUUCACAACAGGAAGAUAAGACACAGGACCAAACAAGACGAGAAUCGAGAGCGGCAUCUCAGGAUGCGGCCAGUGCUGAAGAUACCCCACGGCCAAAGGGCACCCAUGCCUCGCUUGCUACACCGGCGGUGCGGCAUCUGACCAAGAGCCUGAACGUAGAUAUUGCCGAGAUCAACGGCACAGGAAGAGACGGGAGGGUUCUGAAAGAGGACGUACAGAACUUUGUGAAGCACCGCGACGCCGGUGACAGGCCGGCGGGGGCAACGACUCCAUCCCCGGCCGCCGCGGCCCCGCCUUCCGGCGCCGCACAACUCGAAACCCGGGUCCCGCUCACAAAUACCCAACAGCAAAUGUUCAAGUCCAUGACCCGCUCCCUCGCAAUCCCCCACUUCCUCUACGCCGACGAGAUCGACUUUUCCAGCCUCGUCCAGCUGCGCACCCGCCUCAACCGCGUCCUCGCGACAUCCCCCGAGGUGGGCGGCGGCGAGACUGGCGUCGCGAAGCUCUCCUACCUCCCCUUCAUCAUCAAAGCCGUCUCCAUGGCGCUCUACCAAUACCCCAUUCUCAACGCGCGCGUCGAUCUCGACCCUUCUUCCUCGCCGUCGUCGAAGCCGUCACUCGUCAUGCGCAGCCAACACAACAUCGGCGUAGCAAUGGAUACCCCCGCCGGCCUCCUGGUGCCUGUAAUCCGCGACGUCGGCUCCCUCAACAUCCUCUCCAUCGCCUCGGAGCUAACGCGUCUGCAAAAGGCGGCCCUCGCGGGCAAGCUCGCGCCGGCGGACCUCAAGGGCGGGACCAUCACCGUCUCCAAUAUUGGCAACAUUGGCGGCACCUACCUAUCGCCCGUCAUCGUCGACAAGGAGGUCGCGAUCCUCGGCAUCGGUCGCAUGCGCGCCGUGCCGGCGUUCGAGGGUGAGGACUCGGACAGGGUGGUGAGGAAGCACGUUACCAACUUUAGCUGGAGCGCUGACCACCGUGUGGUGGACGGCGCGACCAUGGCCCGGGCCGCGGAGGUGGUGCGGCGGGUUGUGGAGGAGCCCGACGUCAUGGUCAUGCAUCUGAGGUGA